AGCCCCAAGCGCUCGAAGGAAGAGUUGAGGGUGAAAGGCAGAGGGCACCUAUUUAUUGCUCGUAGCUCUGUUGAUAAGGGAAGUUUUGAUUAAUUAUGGUGCCAGCGAUUUGCUCCAAUAUUAGUCUAAUCAAAAACAAAAUGAGAAUAAAAUGUUUUAGGGACCAUUUAACUGGCAAACACAACCUCGCCCCAGUGUGGUGUAGUAAUCACUAGCCUGUCCAUCUUGCCCUCUGUCAUUUGCUUGAAAUGCAAUCUGUCGUUUUGUGCAGGCUUGGUUCGUGUUCCCUGUCCCCGAGGCCGGCCGCGUCGCAAGGGACCCCCGAAGGGAAAGCAUGUGCUGGUGUGCUCUGUGUGUGGCUACGCUACAAGUCACUCCACCGGAAUGCAGAACCACCUAAUAAUACAUACGGGCCUGCGGCCGUACAAGUGCGACUACUGUGGCAAAGCCUUUAAUCAGAAGUGCAACAUGGUGACGCACAUGCGCAUCCACAGCUCACUUACUGUGCCAUUUGCUGAAACCGCAUCGUUUCUUUUUUUACUUGUGCAGGGCUGGUCGCUGUGCACGAUCGCAUGGGCCGGCCGAGGGGAGACCCCGUACGCAAGUGUCCCUGAGUGCGACUACGCUACGAGUCACAGCUCUAAUAUGGCGAAACACCGAAGAAUACACAAGGGCCAGUGCCCGUACGAAUGCGACUACUGUGAAAGGCGCUUCUAUAGCAAGAGUAAUUUGGUCACACACCUUCGCGUCCACACCGGCGAGAAGCCUUACCACUGCCACCUCUGUCACUUGGAUUUUGCACAAAAGGUCACCCUUCACCGCCACUUGAAAACUCAUGAAGGCGAGAAAUGUUUGCCCAAUGUGAACUACAAAAACAUGGCCAUCGUAUGCCACAGCCCUGCCGUCUACCCGGCCAAGCACUUGCGGAAGUGCCUGCUGUGCAGCUACACCACGAACAACAACUCUCACAUGGCAAAACACUACAGAACCCACACGGGCGAGCGUCCAUACAAGUGCGACUACUGCGACAGAGCCUUCAAUAACAAGAGCAACAUGAUCAGGCAUAUGCGCAUCCACACCGAAUGUUUUGUUGUUUUUUCACUUGAGUGCCCUUUCGACUAUGUUCUCUGCUGGAAAUCAAUCUUUUCAACAUUUGCAGGCCUGGCUGCUGUGCGAUUUCGCCCUGGUCGGCCACGUCAUAUGGGCUUUUCAAAAGCGAAAACUGUGUGGAAGUGUGCUGUGUGUGGCUAUACCACGAGCGACAGCUCUUAUGCGUCUAAACACAAGAAAAUACACACGGGAGAGCGCCCAUACAAAUGCGGCGUCUGCGGCAAAGCCUUCAAUCGUAAAAGCACCUUGAACACGCACGCUCGCGUCCAUACCGGCGAGAGACCUUACCAGUGCCACCUCUGUCCCUGGAAUUCUGCGUGGAAGUUGGGACUUACGCGCCACUUGGAAACUCACCAGCGCAGCCAACAUUCGCUUGAAGGUGCUAGCGUACUUGGUUGCGUUAUGCCAUCACCAUCGCCAGCCACCUCAUCUGGGCUCUUCACGAAAAAAACGCCUGUGGAAGUGCCUCGUGUGCGGCUACACUACCAGUCACAGCUCUAACAUGUCGAAACAUCGAAGAGUACACACUGGCGAGUGCCCAUUCAAAUGUGAAUACUGCGGCAAAGCCUUCAACCGUAAGGGCAACUUGGCCACGCACGUUCGUAUCCACACCGGCGAGAAGCCUUUUCAGUGCCACCUGUGCCCCAUGAAUUUUGUGCAGAAGGCCACCCUUCUGCGCCAUUGGCAAACCCACAAGAGCAGGCACUUUUUGCCUGAUUAUGUUUGCUCUUUGUCUGAUGAUGUUCACUCUAAAACUAUUGAUGAGAAAGAUUGAGAAAGUAUGCGAUGUGUGCACCUCAUUCUGUUGCCUUGGUUGCUGGGCUACAAUGGCUGAAAGUUGGUCUGUGCA